AUGCCUCUAGGAGAGGACGGCAAUGGGUGGAAGAAGAAGACAUCCGACAUUAAAGAACAUUAUGACUUCAAAGAAGUGCUCGGGACGGGAGCUUUCUCUGAGGUGCUUCUCGCUGAGGAAAGGAGGACCCAGAGGCUGGUGGCCAUCAAAUGCAUACCCAAGAAAGCUCUGGAAGGCAAAGAGAACAAUGUAGAGAAUGAGAUUGCAGUACUGCACAGAAUCAAGCACGCCAACAUCGUUUCGCUGGAGGACAUCUUCGAAAGCACGUCUCAUCUGUACCUCGUCAUGCAGCUUGUAUCAGGGGGUGAGCUGUUUGACAGGAUUGUGGAGAAAGGAUUCUACACGGAAAGAGAUGCCAGCCAGCUCAUCCACCAGAUCUUAGAUGCCGUCAAAUAUCUCCAUGAUAUGGGGAUUGUGCACAGAGACCUGAAGCCAGAGAAUUUGCUGUAUUAUAGCAUGGAUGAAGACUCGAAGAUCAUGAUCAGUGAUUUCGGCCUGUCCAAGAUCGAGGGAGCAGGCAGCGUUAUGUCCACUGCCUGUGGGACUCCCGGAUAUGUGGCUCCCGAGGUGCUCGCCCAGAAGCCAUACAGCAAAGCAGUCGAUUGCUGGUCCAUAGGAGUCAUUUCUUAUAUUUUACUUUGCGGGUAUCCUCCAUUCUAUGACGAGAAUGACGCCAAGUUGUUUGAACAGAUCCUGAAAGCGGAGUAUGAAUUUGACUCUCCAUACUGGGACGAUAUCUCUGAUUCAGCCAAAGACUUCAUCUGCCACAUGAUGGAGAAAGAUCCUUCCAAAAGAUACACGUGUGAACAGGCCCUACAGCACCCAUGGAUUUGUGGAGACACCGCUCUUGACAAGAACAUCCAUGAAUCUGUCAGUGCUCAAAUCAAGAAGAACUUUGCCAAAAGCAAGUGGAAGCAAGCGUUUAAUGCCACGGCGGUGGUGCGCCACAUGCGUAGGUUGCAACUGGGGACCAGUGUGGAGGGACCCAGCCAAAUCACCCCUACCAGCCCCUGCCAUGGACUCCUGCUGCCUGAGGAGGAGGAGGAAGAUGAGUUAGGAAAUGGCGAGAAUGAGAGCUGUGAUGACGGCGGACCUACGCUUGAUGACCGCCGCGGAAGCGCUGAGGGCAGCACGGACCGGGACAGCCUGAGGAGCUGUACUUACUGCUGCAGGCCAGCCAGUCGCAUCUGA